AUGCCCAAAUCCCCCCGAUUCUACUCCACCCCCAUGGACGACGGCUCUGAAUCGACACCAGUGCAAGCAUACGGGCUCGAGGAGCGCACGCCAUCCAUCAUCGAGAAACCCAAACUGCUGCGCCGCAUGUCGCACGCCCUCGACGACAUCAAGGAAGACUUCUCGCUGCAAAUCGACCCGCGCUCCACGGCCGACAAGCUUAAACGCCGCUCGACCCUCAUCUUCGACGGCAGCGCCUUUAACCCCAAUGCCGGCUCGCGUCCCGAAACCCCCGUUACGGCUGGUGGCCCUCCCCGGUCGCGGCCCAUGUCCAUCAUGUCCUUUGACGCCUGGUCGUCGCCACCACGCCGUUUGAGUCGUCGUCUCAGUCACCGGUUGUCGAUUUGGAGUCAGCGCGGCAAGGCGCCCGGCUCCCAGGCGGCCAGCAUCUCGUCCCCGAAUCUGAUCGGCUCGUCGACUCAGUAUGCCACCCGGAGCCAAGCCUCGUUUAUUUAA